AUGGCUCAAAGUAUCCCCCAGAAUGUGAUCGAGGGACUACAAAGUAUGCUCCCAUCAACCGACAGAUCAGACGACAAGGGAAAAGAACCAGAAGUUCUAGAAGAUGAGAUUACUCCCGUCGACAUAGUCAUUGCACGAAUCAUGCUCUCAAAGGGAAAGAAGCUACCUCCAGAUGUUGUCGAUAUUAUCCUCGAUUUCGCAGAGUACUGGGCUCAUUCAAGCAAUGAAGUUGACUUUAAACUUCAACAUCAGAAUCCUCUGACUGUCAACGGUGGAAGUCCUACUCAGAACAAAUUUGUUCUUCGGUCUUACCCUGUGGGUCUAACUGGUCUUCAAGGCAGACAAGCGCUCGCUGAGAUCCUGGCGUAUGACAUGACUGAAGCGAAGCCUCAAAAGUUGGAGAAGGAGCAUGGGAAGCCCUAUUUUGUCGGAUUGGCGAAUUAUCCUACGCCAAAGUUGCAGUAUCCUGUGAGAAAGGUGGUGUUUACCAUUCGCAGUCAUGAUCAGGGAUGGUGUAGUGAGCCGGAGAAUCGAAAGACGUAUAAUGGGUCUUGGACGUGGUUUGAAGCUGGUUUGGAGAAGUUUGAUGCCGAGCAGACAUGUGAUCCAUUGUGCACAUACGACGUCCGGUACAAGUCCAACACCUCAGAAGCCGUACCUCUCCCCGUCUGCGCUCUCCGUCCUAUCUACCCUGAAAUUGAACCAAUUUCGAAGGAAAAAAUGGGCUACUCGCAUCCCUUGCAACCCCAAGACAAAUGGGUCAUCCAGCACAACAAGACAGCUCACCGUACGUGGCAGGAUCAUGUGGUGACGUGGACAUGGCAAGACGACAUCAAGCCCGAGUCUGACGCUGCGGAGGAGAUGAGAAAGGAGACGGGUAGAGGUCGAGACACGGCUGAUGGAUCGUUUGUAAGGGACUUGAAGAUGGGAGAUGUGAUUACUGUAUGGGCCAAGGCGAGAUUCUCGGCGUGGGUGAAUUUUGUUGAGUCGAUCAAGAUUGACGUCUACUGGGCUGUUUAA